CUUAACUAUGUAAUUUUGUAUAGUUUUAUCCAUCACGCCCCUCACAUCCAUUGCAAAAUGCCAUUCUCGAGGACGAGGACUGGUUGCUAUACCUGUAGAGAGGAUGGUUAUAAGUGUGAUGAGCAAAAACCAUUUUGCGGGAGAUGUAUUCGACUCCAGAAGACAUGCCAAGGAUAUGGAGUCAGACUUAAAUGGCAGCCCCUUCAGGGGUUACCAAAACCGAAGCGAGCCAGAAAUACACGGCAGCAGAAGGAACAUUCAAAGGAUCAUUCAAACGAUGAGACUAUCCCGGCAUCGUCUAGUGAGUCUACAGGUCAAAUAGUAAGAUACGACCCAUCAUGUAUUAUACCGAAUGAUGUUCAUCCGGUAAAUCGUUAUCUCCUUAAUCAUUGGUCGACAACUCUGGUCACGAUGGUAUCCAUGGUAUCGACCUCCCAGAACCCAUUUCUUGUUCACUUAACUCCAAUGAUAUCGCAUUCAAUAGCUCUACGGUCUGUCUUAUGCUCGAUCGCAGCUUGUCAUUUGGCCAUACUAAGAAACGAAAAUUCAUUUCAUACCUUAGCGACCCGGUAUCGACUCGUUGCUGUUUCCGCCCUGCGGCAAACGAUUCAAACAGAAGACCCGGAGUUGUCGCUCGCCACUAUUCUAAUGCUCCAAGUCUCCGAUAGGCUCUUCACCGUGGAUUCCGGGGUCGACCAUCUAUCCGGGGCGAAAGCUAUCAUUAACCAGGUUGGGAUCAAUAAGUGGAACAGCUCUAGGGCUUCGUUCCUCCUUAGUCUUUGCUCCUAUCACGACAUAUUGGCCUCCGUUUCUCGGGGUAAAAGUCCAGUUUUUGAAUUUGAUGGAGAGUUUCCGAUCGAAGGUAUGGAAUCUAUGAAGGAACUCACUUCCGUACUGCGAAUUGUUGGGCAGAUCAGUAGGAUGCGGGACCAAGAUGCGAAACACCUUAAUGCAUGGGGUUACGCUAUUGAAGAAGUUCUCAAUGAACUUGACCAGUCUGAGGGCCCGAUGGGAGACGUGGAACAUACCGUACAGGCAUACAGAUAUGCUGCGUACAUCUAUCUAUACCGGGUCUGGCAUAACAAAGGCGCACCAGAUCCAUCUGCGUUGAAGUAUGCUCGAAGUUGCCUGGCUCACCUUAGCCUCGUUGCAGUUGGCUCACCUCUUGUAUCGGCCCAAGUUUGGCCACUCUGGACUGCCGGCUGCGAAUCCAUCGACGUUGACCAGCGUCAAUUUGUACGAGACAGGAUUAAUGCUAUGUAUGAAGCUCGUCACCUUCCCUCGCUCCGGAGGAUUAAACAAGACAUUGAGGAUGUCUGGAAUAUUAAAGAUGAGCAACGAAACUUGAUCGGGGUCGAUAACGUAGACUGCAUCAAAGCUAUAUUGCGAAGUCGACAGAGAGAGGCCGAUCUAACUUAAUAAUUGACAACGUAUUUUGAUACGGAGGCUCAAAACUUACUUUGUCGCUCUAUACUCGACGCCAUGAGUACCUCUUGAUUUGGCCUUACCUUUGGACUACAAAGAAACUACGUCCUCAAGUCAAUGCAAUAACUAUGGGAAUAUGCCGGGACGGCGAUAUCUUGGGCUUAAACACACUAGCUUUAAAUAGGAGCCGCGAAUGCUUCCCGCUAUUUCGCGACGCUGGAGGAAUAGAAUGCGAAGGAACGAUAUUCUCUUGACGGUUUCUUCCCUUUCACGAGAUCACCGGAUCUGAAGGCAUUGGUAUCCGGAUUCGAUUCCUAAUAUUCAACUACAUACACUAAGGUGUCGAUAAGUAUCGUAUCGUCAUCUACCGCCUCAAAAG